CUUGGCAGAUUGCUCUUCCAGUGUAGGUACAUCGGCACUUCUGUUGAAACUAUGGUUGCAGAGGUAUUACCGUUGCAAGAUCCUCCUCUACCAGCUGCUGCUUGGGGACCCAUCCGAGUACACCUGAUGUUGGCUAAUGGGCAAUGCCACACAAAGGGUUGUAAUGAAUUGGAUGUGGCCUACAGCUCUUUCUACACGGAGGCAGACUACCCUGUGACCAAAGUACUGAGGGACCCUGUGUACGUGGAGGUUCAACUCCUUGAAAAGACAGAUCCAAACCUUGUCCUGACUCUUGGUCGCUGUUGGACAACCACAAGCUCCAACCCUCAUAGUCUGCCCCAGUGGGACAUUCUGAUCGAUGGGUGUCCAUACAGGGAUGAUCGCUACUUGUCCUCACUGGUUC